AUGAUUUCCCCAGAAUAAGUAUUAUCAAAAUACAAAGAUAGAAUUUCAAUUAGAAAGGACUCCAAAUUUUCCAUUCUAAUUAAAGGUUAUAAUAAAAAACUUUUGUAAGGAACAUAAAUAGUUAUGGAAACUAACCAUAUAGAUUAAUUUCAUUCUCAGAAAAAUUCUAAAUCAAUGUCAAAAAAAAUAAAGUAUACAAUUCUCAAGACUCAUUUAAGCAAACAACAAUAGUUAAUAAAACCAUAAAAUUUAAAGAGUUUGAAAAUAGGAAAUUAAGUCUAUGCAAAGUCUAUCUAAAAUUCAAUUAUAUUUGAUGAAAAUCUGAUUAAUUUAUGAUUGAUUGAUAUUAAAAUGAAAAGAGGCUACUAAAAAUUUAUUAGGAUUCGUACUAUAUCGAAAUUAUUUGCAAACAAUUGAAUUUUGGAAGGAAGAAUUAAACCAAAAAGUGAAAUGCUUGAAUUUAAGAAAAAAAACUCAAAUAUUUACUUAUUAUUUUAAGAUAAUCAUUUUAGAUCUGGAAUAAAAUAUUAUUAUUGUACUAUUUUAUAAUCAAGCAAACCAAAAAAUGUUUAAUUUUUUAGAAAAAGGAAGAGUUUAUACAUUUAAAAAGGAUGUAUAUACAAAGAUAAUCCACAUUUUCAUAAUUUUCAAUUAUUUAAGUUUUUAUAAAAUUAUAAAAUAUAUGAUUUAUAAAAUCAAUAGAUUGAUUAAAAAAUUGAUUUAGUUGUGGCAAUUUAAAAAAUUAUUAUCCUAAAUAUUUUUAUAAGAAAUCAAGAAAAUAUCCGGAAUGGGCAUUAAUGGUUUUAGAUUAAUGUCAAUAGGCCAAACUCUUGGCUUUAUAACUAAUAGAAUUUUACAAAUCUUUCUUCAUAUCACAACACUAUAAUUUUAGAUAAUCCUGAUAUUUAUUGAGUAAUUAAAGAUCAAAAUUUAGAGUUCAAGCUUUGCACGAAUGGUUGUUAGAAAAAGAUUUAAAUUAAAUUAUGAAACCGGAUUACCUAACAGUAAAUUUGAAAUAGUUGGAAGAAAAAGUAUUCAAAAAAUUGAAUUAAGGCUGAACAAAUCAAGGAAAAAUAUAAUUGGAUAUUUGACAGAAUUAUCAAAUUUUCUUUUACCAAGAUGUCUGAACAAGAAAUGCCUUAAAUUUUUAUUAUGAAUAUCAAAAUAAUUGAUGUGUAUAAUUCUAUUGAAGCUAUUGUAUUUGAUGAUUCUGUAGUUAAAUUACUAGGUUUAACAACUGAUUAAUGUUACAAAUUAACUAAAUCAUAACAAAAUACGAUUUUAAUUGUUUCAAAGUUCAGAAAUUUGAACUUUAAGUUCUUUUUAAUGAGUCUAAUGGUAAAAUUAAGACCCAAAUAAUUAGUUGUUGAAAUCUAUGAUAUAGAUUAUGACGAGUUGGCCAAAAAAAGAUAUGAAGACCUUUGA